CAUUGGCCUCGCUCAGCCCCGCCCGGGCGCUGCCUGCAAGCACUAGGGGCGGGGCGCGGGGCCCGAGGUGAGGGACCGCGGGCCCGAGGGGAUCCGGCCAGUCCGCAGCCGCCGCCGAGGGACCUGCGCGGGCCCCGCCGCCGCCGCUGCCGCCGCCUUCCCCACCGCGCCCCCGCCUGCCCGGGCUCCGCGCCAGGAGGGGCGGCCAGGCCCAGCCCCGUCGCCGCGAGCUCCGGGACCCCGACGGCGCCCAGCCCGCAGAGGGGCCGCAGGAGGAGGACAAGGAGAAGGGCGGCCUCACCGGGGACCCGGCCAUGGCGCUGGACUUCCUGGCUGGAUGCGCGGGGGGUGUGGCAGGCGUGCUUGUGGGACACCCAUUUGACACGGUCAAGGGGCUGUCUCCAUAGCAAAAGUGUAACUUUGUUGUAGAUGGGCGUAAGCCUCACCCUGGAGAGCGCUAGUGCGGCUUCAGGUCCAGAGUGUGGACAAGCCUCAGUACCGCGGGACCUUGCACUGCUUCAAGUCCAUUAUCAAGCAAGAGAGCGUGCUGGGCCUGUACAAGGGCCUGGGCUCGCCGCUCAUGGGGCUCACCUUCAUCAACGCGCUGGUGUUCGGGGUGCAGGGCAACACCCUCCGGGCCCUGGGCCACGACUCGCCGCUGAACCAGUUCCUGGCGGGCGCCGCAGCGGGCGCCAUUCAGUGCGUCAUCUGCUGCCCCAUGGAGCUGGCCAAGACGCGGCUGCAGCUGCAGGACACGGGCCCGGGGCGCGCCUACAAGGGCUCGCUGGACUGCCUGGCGCAGAUCUACGGAAACGAGGGGCUGCGCGGCGUCAACCGGGGCAUGGUGUCCACGCUGCUGCGCGAGACGCCCAGCUUCGGCGUCUACUUCCUCACCUACGACGUGCUCACGCGGGCACUGGGCUGCGAGCCGGGCGACCGCCUGCUGGUGCCCAAGCUGCUGCUGGCGGGCGGCACGUCGGGCAUCGUGUCCUGGCUCUCCACCUACCCCUUGGACGUGGUCAAAUCGCGGCUGCAGGCGGACGGGCUGCGGGGCGCCCCGCGCUACCGCGGCAUCCUGGACUGCGUGCGCCAGAGCUACCGCGCCGAGGGCUGGCGCGUCUUCACGCGGGGACUGGCGUCCACGCUGCUGCGCGCCUUCCCCGUCAACGCCGCCACUUUCGCCACCGUCACUGUGGUGCUCACCUAUGCGCGUGGCGAGGAGGCCAGGCCCGAGGGCGAGGCUGUGCCCACUACCCCUGCGGGACCCGCCCUGGCGCAGCCCUCCAGCCUGUGAGGCUCGCCCCCUGCCUCCUUCCCCGGGGCCCUUCUCGGAAACUCCAGACGUAGAUUGGCCCCUGAGCCGACUGCCCUGCUCCUCCUGGGAUGCUGUGGGCUGUGGACUGUCAGACCAGGGUUGAAUGUUGCUUAUCAACUGGGUGACUUGGGCCGAGAACUUCACUCCGCUGGCCUCAGUGUUCUCGCCUAUGAAAUAGGGACCCUCAUAUCCACAUUGUAGAGUCACCAAGGUCAGAGAUUAUUCCGCGCAGCAGCCGGCACCGGGCCUGGCUGAGGCCAUGCUGUGCCCCGCACCACUACCAUGGAAACCCAGGCAGACACUCCAGCUCCUUCCCGGGUCCCGGCCAUGCCAUUGUGCUUCUGCGCUACAGGCUGGCGCCUGGGGAGGUCUCUGAUGGCCCACCAAUGGGCGGCCCAGGGACCGGAUAACUCCACAUAUCCUCCACCCAGCAGGCUUGUUGGCCACCCCUCUGGUCUUUAAAGGUUAGGGAUAGAGGACACCUUAGUGUGCCUCCUGGUGCCGAAGAACUGGAUCCUCUGCAUACCCCAGCUUCUCCACAUGACACCGCUAGGGGUACCCCGGCUGCUGCCACUCCAGAGGGUGAACUGGGGACCCUCUGCCCUCCAGGAAGCCAUGGCAUCUGCUGGAGGCACCAUAUAAGCCCACAGGACUAGGGUGGGGAGCAGACAGGCCAGUGGGUGGAGGUCUUGACAGUUCAAGUGUGAUGCAGCUGUGGCAAGGAGAAAUCCUUCCAGCUUUCCAGCCUCGGGCUGCCCAUCCAUAAAAUGGGGACAUGGCCAGCUGAUGGACACCUGAGUCUCUGGCCCACCCACCACUGCCAGCCAGGAUUCCCUGAAGUGUGCAGAAGGCUCAGCAGAGAGCAGUAUGAGAUGUCCCUCACUAGGGCUGGAACACCUCUGGCCACAGCCGAAGGUCAGUUUCUCUGCCCCCAGCACAUGGUGCCUCCAAGGCAUUCUCAGUGCCAGGGCUCUGUCCCUGUGAAGGUGCAGGGCCUGCUGGUGGGGUGGCUAGUUGGGGUCUGGGGCAGAAGAGGGCCGUUCUGGGCAUCCUGGGGAGUGUGCCUAAUGAGGACAACACUGGGCUUCGCACAGCCUGGCAUCGCUCUACAGAAACCGUCACGGGAAUAAAGUGUUCUUUGUUUUGUAA